GGGGUGCAGAGUGCAUUGAAUUGAGUCUUCCUAUGCGACCGCAUCGAUUUCUCCUCUUCUUCUUCCUCCUCCGAAGCCUGCGCUGCGCCCUCGCCUCUCCCUCUCUCUCUCCCCUCUCUCUCCCCUAUAUAUUCCUCUCGCUCGAUCGCCAAAAUGCAUCGCAUUUGUCGACUUCCUCUUGCGGCUUUCAGGUGCGUCGCGCUUGUUGAGGCUGCGAAGAGCCGCAGAAGCGAGAAAACGCGGUCUUCUUAGGGUUUCGAGGAGGAGGCGGAGAUGAGUGCCUCGAGGUUCAUCAAGUGCGUCACGGUGGGUGACGGCGCCGUCGGCAAGACCUGCAUGCUCAUAUCCUACACCAGCAACACAUUCCCCACGGAUUAUGUUCCGACUGUGUUCGACAAUUUCAGUGCGAAUGUGAUUGUUGAUGGGAACACAGUUAACUUGGGUCUCUGGGAUACUGCAGGUCAAGAGGAUUACAACAGACUCAGACCAUUGAGCUACCGAGGUGCCGACGUCUUUCUACUAGCUUUCUCUUUGAUAAGUAAAGCCAGUUACGAGAAUGUGGCCAAGAAGUGGAUUCCUGAACUGAAGCACUACGCCCCUGGUGUGCCAGUUAUUCUCGUCGGGUCAAAGCUCGAUCUCCGUGAUGAUAAACAGUUUUUCAUCGAUCACCCGGGUUCUCAACCGAUAACUACUGCUCAGGGGGAAGAGCUGAAGAGAACCAUCGAAGCCCCUGCCUAUAUCGAAUGCAGUUCCAAGACUCAACAAGUAUGUCGCAUCCACAAUGCUACAAACUUUCAGAUCGUAACAUCUUUACUUAUAAGUUUCCACUUUAUUGAAAAUAUGAUAUGCAGAAUAUUAAGGGUGUUUUCGAUAUGGCAAUCAAGGUGGUUCUUCAACCUCCAAAACAAAAGAAGAAUAAGGGGAAGGGGCUGUGUUCCAUUCUAUGAAUACGAAAUGGAUCACGGCCACCUUUCCUCAUAGUGUCUAGUUUGAUUUACAAAAUUGGUGUAUAUUCAACUAACAACAGCUACAGCAAUUCUUUUGUGAUCAUGGAAGCAAAAAGUCGCCCAGUAGCUAUCUCGACAUCUGAGGGUGUGGGGUGGAAAGAGCCAGUACCUGAUGAUGGUGCCCACCGUGAAGCUUGGCCUCAAACUUGAAGAAGCCCGGCGCAAAGCUCCUCUAGAAGAGGAACAACUCCUUCGAAGCACUGUGGGCAUUGCUUUCGCUCUCCUCGCACACAAAGCAAGAAUCAUACCAGUAGACCAAAUAGCCACCGCACGCUUACUAAAUCUGAAACACAUACAUUGAUGAAAGUACUGUCUUGAUUGUAGCUUUGUUAUCUUUAGUUAACUACAUGGGGAAUAAAGCUUGUGUUAUGAAAAA